UGUGUCGAGAGAGUUAGCAGCACUCGCGAAGGUUCGCGUUUGCGCGAACCCCAAGACGGUGAAACGUGACGCAGAAUUGUACGCUGGCGGCGGCUGGGCCGCAGAGGAAAGUUCGCGCUCUGCGGGCUUUUGGGGAUUCCCGCGAAGCGCGGCCAGGGUGCCGCGAAAGCUCCGAAAGGCGACUGUAAGAGGGAUAGAAGGCACACGCGACUUCUCGUUCCAACAUUAUCUCGGACAGAUUAAUUCUCCCUAUACCGUUAUGGAGACUCUUGAGUCGAGUCGCGUCUGCCGCCUUUGCGGCAAGCAAUCCGGUAUCUCAAUUAACAUUUUCGACAAGAAUGAGAACCAUGUGAAGAAAAUCAACGCCGUUCUCCCGAUCAUGGUACACGAAAUGGACCUGUUGCCGAAACACAUGUGUCAUCGGUGCAGUUACAAGCUGGAGGAGUUUCACAAGUUCUACGUGGACUGUCUGAAAACCGAUGCGGAUCUGAAGAGUCAGUUGUCCUGGAUGCAAAAGGAGGACUCGAAGGAGAGAGUGGGCGUACCGAUGGUGCAUAUAGAGAACAUCAGGAUCAAAAUAGAGCCGCCGGAUUACGACGCCUACGAAAUCAACCCCAUUGUCGACAACGUAAACUAUAUGAACUCUGUCACGUUCCCGGUAAACGGUGUUCGAUCCGACGAUAUUCCCGAUGGUAUAACGUACACGACGUAUGCACGUUGCGGUUGUUACUGUGAUAAAGCGGACCAAAGUAAUCAGACUGUACCUACGAAUUAUGAGAACAGGAUAUCGGAUUGUGGCAGAAUAAACGACGUUAGGGAAGAUAACACGAGGGGAAUGUUGAAUUGUGAAAGAAUCGAGGAACGAUCGAGUAUACAAACGCUUGGUAAGAAGACUAAGGAUCUAAGAAGAUCUAGGCCAAAUUUAUCAAAUUUCAGCCGUUCUAAAGGUAAAUCUGCUAGUACAAACGUGAACGUUCAAAAGUGUACGAUUGUUCGUAAUUUAAGGCCUAGAAAGGGUUCUGUGGAUUACAGACAGACUAGAAAAAAACUUUCUACGGUUUCAGCGCUGAAUAACGGUAGUAGGUCGAAGAACGAAGAGGCGAGGAUGACGACGACACUUUCGACGGGGUUAGAAGUAACGCAGAUUAAAGUGGAGAAAUUGGACGAUUUCGGGGGACGUGUUUUGAGGCCAAGGAAGGGUACGGUUGACUAUAUUGGACCAAAACGAAAGUACUCGAGAUCUUCGAUCAAGAAGGAAAGGUUGCAUAGUGACGAACGUUCGUCUGAAAAAACGAAGGUUCCGAAUAUAGCGAGUAAAUUGAAGCCGUCAUCGAAACGGGUGCCGAAAUUGUUAGAUAAUAGUAUUAAAUUAUCUAUAAAAAAGGAACAACUCUCUGAUCUCGAAGAUAUGGUGCUUGACGAAUCUAUAUCGGCUGUUAUAUUGCCGGAAAAGCAUGUUUUAAACGAUCACGUUGAUACAGUGCCUAACGACCACAUCACCAAUAUACACAACGAUAGGGUUAAUUGUAGUAGUACGUAUAGUGCACAGCACGUCGGCAAUUUUAGCGUAGGCAACAAGUGGAAAUGCUUGAGAAGCAUGUCGAAGCAUAAGUUGAAGUCAAGGAAGAUCAGUUUGAAUCGGUUCGAAACAGAGAUAAAUUAUCCGCCGAAAUAUUUGAGAAGCCAAGAUGUCUAUCUGAGAAGCGGGAAGAUAAGGAAGCUCGAUAACGCGAACGUAUCGGCGAAGAAAUUACGAAGAAGCCUGCGAAAUCUAACGGACAGAGGCAAAAUGACGAGGAAUCUAAUGAAAGCGAUCAGAGGCACUGUUACAGCGAUCAAACUGCUUGAUAACAUCAAGCACUAUUGUGAAGAAUGUAACACGCAUUUCACAAACAAAGAAUUGUUCAAACUGCACGCGUGCUAUGGACAUUGA